AUGUGUCUACUUGCUAGUUUUGUUGACCCAGAUAUACUUUCUCUCACUUCUCUCUUUCCAACCCCCACUUCCGUCGGGUUCUCUUUACAUGCCCACCCCCAUCACGUUAAGUUUUUUUUUACGACCCCCCCCCCCAUUAGGUUCUCCUUAUACCAUCCACCUCCAUCCCGCCGAGUUCUCCUUACGUCCCCCCCCUCAAUCCCGCUUGGGUUCUCCUUACGUCUUUACCCCCCCAACCCCUGCCGGGUUCUCCUUACGUCUGCCCCCCCCAAUUUGGCCUAUUCUCCCCGUCUGGGUUCUCCUUACGUCUGCCCCCCCCAACCCUGCUGGGUUCUCCCCCAUGUCUGCCCCCAACCCUGCCGGGUUCUCCUUAUGUCUGCCCCCCAACCCCUGCCGGGUUCUCCUUACAUCUCCUCUCUGCCAUCCCUUCAGGUUCUCCUAGAUAUACUUUCUCUCACUUUUCUUUUUCCCCUCUUGUCAGGUUCUCUUUCGAGCCUUUUUCUCACAUUUUAUGAAUGA